CUAAAGCUCCCUUCUAUUUCUCAAACCUCCCACCCCUAAUUUGCCUCUUUUAGAUCCUCUUGCAUCAUCACUCCUCUCAUGGCUUCAUCCUUGGUCGAUCAAAUUCCUGAAAGUUUUACGACGAACGACUCGGUCCGUUCGAACUCACGUAUACACCUGGAAACCCUGCCACCAGAAAUCAGAGUCCAAAUUCUCCUUCUACUCAAUGCGGAAGGGCUUAAAUCACUAGUUCAAGCAUCACCCGUUUAUCAUGACCAGUAUCUUCUAGAUCGCAAGCGCCUUCUCCUCAACUGCCUAGCGACCACACUGGGCAGCAUUUUCUUCGAAGCUUGUAUAGUCCAAGAGACUAGCUCAGUGAGCUUCUCGCAGACACGCAACCACGAUAGAAUCCUUAAAUAUUUCGGGUCUCUCACGCAGCGGCGCUGUCACUCAGAUCUUAUACCGGCAGGACUGGGAUUGAAAGAUACCAUAGAUAUGGUAACCUUUUAUUUCUCAGUCUUGAAACCUUUCGCACGGCACUAUUCUGCGUGGGCAUUACGCAACCUAGCUAAAGAGCCGGAAGCAACACACACUAAGAUAGAUGAAGACCCGAGUGAGACAGAAGAGUUUAGGAUAAUCCGCGCUCUGUAUCGCUUUCAAUUAUGCAGCAACGUAUUCGGCGUGGGACCCAAUAAGGACGAGCUUGAUCUUUUCAGGAUAGAGUUCCAACUCAGUGAUGACGAGAUUCUAAAGCUGCUGGAAGACUUAUGGGAACCCUGGGAACUGGAGGAGAUCAAUUGCAUCAAUAUCUUCGCGGAAACAAAAUGUCGUGAGAUUCAUGAUGCUGUGACCUGGGAUUUCAGUGAGAGGAAUCCUCGGUUUGAUGACCAGGAAAGACCGCCUACUCCGGAUGGGGCGGUGGAUAUACCACAGCACAGCCGUGCUUAUUUGAUCGGGACUAUUACACAGGGCCUCGAGCGGUUGCAGACUAUCUUCUUCAAGGUUAAAGAGCACGCGGAGUUGGUCAAUGUAAUGGAGCAGACCUUGGUUCUUUGGCUCGAGGAGUUCCUCGAAGGAGAUGUACACGGCGCGUUCACCAACGCGGCACAAAGUGGACGUCGAGUUAGGGCGCCUUCUGAGCGAGAUAAGAAAAAGGAGCGAAGAGAGCCGUUGCCUUUCCGGGGUGAUAGGGUGGACGACUACUAUUACUUUAACGGAGCGUACCCGCCAUUAGCAUGGACACUUCUGUGGAAAGGAACAUACAGCAAUAUGUUAGGAAGCUAUAUACCUGAUAAAUUCCACAUGUGGGGGUAUGUUAUGUGGGAUGCGGCCCGGUUGGGGCGCACCGGUGCAAAGGAAGUGUUGGCAAGGGGGUGGGAGUUGAUGUGGGGUGAGAAUGAGGAUGCGAGAGACCAGAGAGAAUUUUUCUGAACUGAUUUGGGGUUGUUUUUCUAGAACAGAAAGUAGAUACACCUGGUGUCGCUCGGUCUAUAGUUACUUCUGGUUCAACCAGCCACCUGACUAGCAAGCUCAUCGUAUCACCUCUAUGUGGGUUGGUUAGUUUCAGUUUUCUGAUGUUAUAUAAUACCAAUUUCCGUCUUUUUCAUUGAUGCCAGUGGCUUUGAGUUCACAUGCAUGUACAUAGUAUAUAAUAGAAGCAAUCUCGCACUCCGUAUCUAGUUGUGUUAUCCAUCGCUCUCAAUUGAAUCACUAAUGAAACACUCACUGGGCCCCGGUCAGACCUUCCACCCUGCUCCGUCCUUCCACUGCC